AAAACAAUAGCGCUGGCUAGUGCAGGAUAAAGAUACAGUACUUGGUCCUCUCCGGUCUAGACAUCACAUCAUUAGCCAAGUCAGCUAGUUAGCUGUUUAUUUUUUUGUCAAAAUGUCAACCACGACCGGCGGCGGAGAGUUUGGCAACCCUCUCCGAAAGUUCAAGCUUGUCUUUCUUGGAGAACAGAGUGUUGGCAAGACCUCUCUCAUCACCAGGUUUAUGUAUGACAGUUUUGACAACACUUAUCAGGCAACAAUUGGCAUUGACUUCUUAUCAAAAACCAUGUACUUAGAAGAUCGCACGAUUCGGCUGCAGCUCUGGGAUACAGCCGGACAGGAGCGUUUCCGCAGCCUCAUCCCAAGUUACAUCCGCGACUCAGCUGCUGCUGUGGUGGUUUAUGACAUAGCCAAUCUUAAUUCUUUCCAGCAAACAUCAAAAUGGAUUGAUGAUGUUAGAACAGAGAGAGGAAGUGAUGUCAUUAUCAUGCUUGUUGGGAACAAAACAGACUUGGCAGAUAAAAGGCAAGUUUCUGUAGAGGCGGCAGAGAGGAAAGCUCGAGAGCUCAAUGUGAUGUACAUAGAGACCAGUGCCAAGGCUGGCUAUAACGUCAAACAGCUGUUUCGCCGUGUUGCUGCUGCAUUGCCCGGGAUGGACAGCACACCAGAGAAAAGCAAAGAGGACAUGAUCGACAUCAAACUGGAGAAACAGCCAGAGAUGACUGUCACCGAGAGCAGCUGCUCCUGCUAGUACACCUCACCCUCACCCAGCCUGUCUCCUCCACACCAACAGCUUGUCUCUCAGUGGCCACUCUCUCCACCCAUGGCUCACCGCCACUAGGAUGGAGAACCUGUCUUUUUUCUUUUUCUUUUUUUUUCCCUUCUCAACUCAGUGACUUUUCAGAGUAACCGUGUGGAUGUGCAUUACUGUAUUGAUACAGAUUAUCUGGAGAAAAAAAGGUUUAAAGGUAACAUUAAAAUGAGGAAUAGUUUAAAUAUGUUCAGAUUUUCAUCCAGUUGCAUGGCAUUAUAUUAGGACUGCAGACUGACAUAGCUAACUGCUCAUGAGUUAUUGCACAGUUUGGAUUCCUAGUGCUGUUACUCUUGUCCUUGAUGUAAAGUAAUACUGCUUGGGAUUAUUUAAAUGACUCUACAAGGUUGAGUUUUCAGCCCUUUGUAUUUAACUUUUUAUUUUUAAUGGAGAGUUUGCCUCAAAAUAUUCUAUCUCUUGGAUUAUUUCUUGCCUUUUUUAUCUUGAGGAUGUGGAGACAGGAUCUUACCAGUAAAUUUACAUAAUUGCGUAUCUUCAUUAGGCUUAGUUGGCCAAUAAUCCUUUCAAUGGGUGUUGUUUAAACCUGCUGUUGGCUUAAACUGCCAAAUGCACCAGUGUGUUGGCAGGAUAAACAAAUUUAAAUCAUCUGAGACUUUUUUAAAUCUGCAAAAGGGAUGUGUAACCAAAUAAAGAGGAAAUAAAUCUGAUCCUAUGAAAGGGAAGCCAUCCCAGGUUUAUUAGAAACUUACUAACUAGAAAACUAGCUAUCUGCAUUCAAACUAAAGCAACCAUCUUUCCCAAUGUUGUAAAGUUAGCUGCACGCAUACUAACAAAGCCUGAGGAGGUGUUUUCAGUUAUUAGACGCCCCGAUGUAGGAAAGAAACAAGUGUUUAGUUUUUCCACGCUGUUGGAAAGUUGUCACUUUGGUCGUUAUGACCCACCAUCUCAUCAAUAAUUUGUGUUGUGUAGAUGACACUAUUGCAAGAACAUACAGCAUGCUCACCAUGCAGGAUUUCUAUGGAUAAGAACACAGAUGCCUUGCUUGUUUGUUCACCAACGUUGUGCACUGAAUCAAGCCACAAUAUUGUAAAAUACAGAAAGAAGCCUGCUGACUGGCUUACGGCUUCACUAGUUGUUUUGUAGAGCUGGUAGAUAAGUUCGUCCUCAGAUACGGCUUAAAACGCUUAACUAACACCCUUGCUGUAAAAAAGCGCAGAGAAGCUAGCUGCAGUAUCCUUUGCUGUACUGCUCUUGCCUGUGUAGGACUAUUGGUUUUAUGUGUUUAUUUAUUUUGUAACUUGGACAUACAGAUAACGUAUGCUUGACCAAAAGUACAGUUGCUGACACGCAUGUUAAAGGUUAUUUUAUUUAUUGUUUGCGUGUCUGCUGGGGCUCUACAGAAAGGCGACAUUGAGACCUGAUUAUGGGUUUUCCUGUCUGUUACACUGCUAAAAUUAAACUUCACGCAGCGUGUGGUCAGUAACUUGGUUUACAGUCGCAGGUAAAGGCUGCACCAUCUCCAGACACUCACAGUGUAACUAACUAGCCAUAGCACAACAGAAGACACUGGUCAUUUGCUGUAGCUUGUUUUGGAAAGUCCAUGUUUUAAAAAUGGAUUUAAAAAUAUAAGUAUUUAAUUACGUCGAACAACCAUUUUAACAUGAGCAGCUCUUCUAUAACUCGUCACUGACUAAAUACUCAGCUUUGUGCUCUUCUGAAUUGUGUCUGUCCAUUUGAAAUAUGCUGUCUACUCGUGUUUAGCAACGUUUGUGUGAAUAAUGUACUAUUACUAUCUGAUGUAUAAAAAGGAGAGUUAAAGAAACACAAGUGUAGACCUAUCACAUGGAAUAAAAUAAAGAUAUUUCAC